UACUCUAAAAAUUCUUCGAUUCACAGUUUAAAAGAAUUAUUUUCAAAAUAUAUAAACAAGGAGGAUUUAAACGAAAAUGAUUGCAAGGAAGUAAUAGCAAAAUUAUCCUGUCACGUUUUAAUGGAUCAAAACCAUGUCCAAAGUGUAGCAGAGUUUUUUCCUCAGUAUUUAAUUCUUUUAUUGUCACAUGCUAUUCCUAUAGAAUGCAAUGAAUUAAACGCAGAGUCAAAUCCACAGUUACAUCGCUUGAAUUGUGUCAUUCUUGGAAAAUUAAUAUCUAUCAACCCGGAUGUCUUGGGAUUUACAUUACGAUAUUUUGAGGUUUAUCCAGAGCCUUUUGCAACUGCUGUUGAAUCAACUCCGGCUAAAAAAUUUAAAAGCCAUCACGUGUCAUGUAAAGUUCAAGAUGUAUCUGAUUAUGAUAUAGUCGUUGCGACUUAUAAUAUUUUAUGCGUUGCUUCAAAUCAUUUCAAGCACAAGUGGAAUUGGUCUGUAUUUUAUAAUUUUUUAUCCGAAGAUAAUGAUCAAUUAAAAUGGAUAGCUUUAAAAUGCAUCGGAAUCGUAUUAAACAUGUCAGAAUCCACAAAAAUGGCAUGUGCUAAGAUAUUAAUUCCUAAUUUUCAUCAAUUUUUAAUUAAUCACAAUACUCAUGAUAAUAAUAUUGUACAAUUACUUACAACUGAUGACAGUAAUUUACAAGAAUUAGAAAAAACUGUCGCAGACUCUGACUCUCUUGUUUCCAUCGCUGGAGUUCUGCUUCCAGUAUUUGAUAAAGCUAAUCGUGUACAGUCUUCCUUAGUUCCAGUUCCAUCAAUGGAAUCUAACUUGCAAAGUCUUGCUCUGGCAGUUGCCUCAAGAAAGUGUGUUUGUCUUCAAGGACCAGUUGGCUGCGGGAAAACAGCAUUAGUUGAAUAUUUAGCUAAAGUAACAGGACGUGGACCGUCUGAUUUUAUAAAAGUUCAAUUAGGAGAACAAACUGAUUCAAAAAUGCUGUUAGGAACUUAUAGAUGCACAGAUAUUCCAGGAGAAUUUGUUUGGCAACCUGGUGUUCUUACUCAAGCUGUUGUUAGUGGGAAAUGGUUGCUUCUGGAAGACAUUGAUAGUGCGGCUCUUGAUGUUAUUAGUGUUUUAAGUAAUUUAAUGGAAACUGGUACUUUGUCGGUACCAGGAUACCGUGAUACAAUUCAUACCAAGAGUGGGUUUCAAUUAUUUGUAACCCAACGAUUAAUUUCUUCGGCAUCUGGACUAUUUCGACAGUCUGCAAAUGCUACUAAUUUACUUGGAAAACAUUGGCUUUGUGUUCACAUGGAUCCUCUGACUAAAGAUGAAUUAAUUACCGUUGUUAAAACUCUUUUUCCUGUUUUAACAACAACAGCAACUAAAAUAAUAGAUGUAUUUUUACUAUUUUCAAUGGGAGAUCACGGGGCUGAAGAUGAAACAGAAGAAAAAUUAUCAACAGCUGGAAGAUUAAUUUCUACAAGGGAUUUAAUUAAGUGGUGUACUCGAUCGAUUGUUAAUUUCAAUGUUUCACAAGAGUACACUGCUCGUAAACUUCUUUUAGACGCUGUAGAUAUUUUUUGUUGUUCUGUACCAGACACCAAAAAAAGACUUGAUCUUGCUAUUGCCGUUGGACACAUUUUGGGAAUUGUAAAAACUGAAACUGAGAGUAUGAUGAAUACUCGCACGAUUGAAGUAUCUAAUGAUGAUAAAGUUUUCACAGUUGGACGAGCUGUGAUUAAUCGUAAUACAAACAGAUCUGUGCAGAAUGAUAAAACAAAAGAUAAUUUCACUAUUAAAUCAAGACCAUCUGCAGUUUUAUUAGAACGUGUUGCCUGUUGUAUAAUGCAAAAUGAACCUGUUUUAUUAGUUGGUGAAACAGGUACAGGAAAAACUAGCUCUAUUCAGUAUUUAGCGAAAAAGGCAGGUCAUAAACUUAUUGUGAUAAACAUGAACCAACAAAGUGAAAGUGCAGAUUUAUUGGGAGGAUACAAACCAGUAGAUCUAAAACAUUUAAUUAAACCAAUCAGAGAAGAAUUUGAAGUGCUUUUUCGUGCGUAUUUUGCAGUUAUACCUAAUAAAAAAUUUCUUGAUUACUUGGGUACUGCUUAUACGGAAGGAAACUGGAAAACAUUAAUCACUCUGAUGAGUCACAGUGCAACUGCAGCUCUAAAAAGGCUCCGCGGGGACAUAGAUAAAAUCAAAACUGGAACAAAAAGAAAAAGUGACGAUGGUAAUGUACAAAAACAGUUAGAAACUAAUAAAAAAAAAUUAGUUCAGUGGGAAAAAAUAAACAUGAAACUGGACAAAUUAAAAUCACAACUAAAAACGGAACUAUCUUUAGCAUUUGCUUUUAUAGAAGGUAGUUUAAUCAAAGCUUUACAAGAAGGCUACUGGGUCCUUCUUGACGAAAUAAAUUUAGCAUCAUCAGAAACACUUGAGUGCUUAUCUGGAUUAUUAGAAGGAUCAACUGGAUCACUCUCUUUAUUUGAACGUGGUGAUAAAGAAUCUAUUAAAAGGCAUAAAGAUUUUAAAAUUUUUGCUUGUAUGAAUCCUGCUACCGAUGUUGGAAAAAAAGAACUUCCAAUCGGCUUAAGAAAUAGAUUUACUGAAUUUUAUGUUGAUGAGUUAACAGAGAAAUCAGAUUUACAGGCACUGGUCAUAUCAUAUCUCGAAGGAUUAAAUUUAGAACCAACUAUUUUGAAUAAUAUUGUUAAAUUUUAUCUACAAGUUCGUAAGGAUGCUGUAAAUAAAUUAUAUGAUGGUACUGGUCAUACACCGCAUUACAGUUUACGUACAUUGUGUCGGGCACUGAGUGUAACCGUUUCAUUCAAGUCUGGUUGUGCUUUACGAUCACUUUACGAAUCAUUUUGUCUUAGUUUUUUAACUCAAUUAGAUAGUGUUUCUUACAAACUUGUAGAGCAAUUGAUUAAAAAUAUGAUACAUACUAAAUCGUGGAAAGAAACAUUAAAAACUCCGAUUCCAAAUCCUAGUACGAAAAAUAAUGUUUUUAUUAAAUUUGAACCUUAUUGGGUACCACGAGGCACUUUGGACCCUAAAAAACCAAAAGAUUACAUUAUUACAGAAUCUAUUAAGCAAAAUUUACGUGAUCUUGCUCGAGUUGUGGCAAUAAGUAGAAUGCCGGUAUUAAUUCAAGGUAAUACAUCUGUUGGUAAAACAAGUCUAAUAAAAUAUCUUGCUAAAGCAUCAGGGCAUGUAUGUGUUCGUAUUAAUAAUCACGAACAUACGGACCUUCAAGAGUAUGUCGGAAAUUAUGUAGCUAAUGAAACAGGAAAGCUUGUGUUUAAGGAAGGAGUUUUAGUUGAAGCAAUGCGUAAAGGAUAUUGGAUUAUUUUAGAUGAGUUAAAUUUAGCGCCAAGUGAUGUUUUAGAAGCAUUGAAUCGUGUUCUUGAUGAUAAUCGAGAACUUUUCAUACCUGAAACGCAAGAAUCUAUUAAAGCGCAUAAUAAUUUUAUGUUAUUUGCAACGCAAAAUCCACCAGGUGUUUAUGGUGGUCGUAAAGUUUUAUCACGAGCAUUCAGAAAUCGUUUUGUUGAGCUUCAUUUUGACGAAAUACCUUCUACUGAUUUAGAGAUUAUUUUAGAAAAUAAAUGCAAUGUACCCACAAAAUAUUGUAAAAUUAUGAUAAAUGUUAUGAAAGAUUUACAAUUGAGACGAAAAAAUACAGCAGCUUUUAUGGGUAAACACGGAUUUAUUACGUUGCGUGAUUUAUUUAGAUGGGGUGAUAGGUACAAAGCUAAAGAAGUUAAUAAAGUUUUUGACAAAAAAACUAAAACGAUUACUAAUCAGUCUGAAAACUAUGAUUGGCAACAACUACUUGCUGACGAAGGCUAUCUUGUGCUUGCUUCGAAAGUUCGUCAACCCGACGAGGCUAAAGAAAUUAUCGAAGUGCUUAAAAAACACUUUAAAUGUGUUGUUGAUCCAGAAAAUUUAUUUACUCUUCAUGAAAAAACAUCUCCUGAAACAAGAUCAAUACUCGAAACACUUGAGAGUAUUGAAAGAUCACCCAUGCCAGGAUUUGAGCAUAUUGUUUGGACGUAUCAAAUGAGACGAAUGGCUGUUCUGGUAAUUAAAUCUUGUCAGUUCAAAGAACCUAUUUUACUGGUUGGUGAAACUGGAGGUGGAAAAACGACAGUUUGUCAACUAGCUGCAGUACUAAGAGCUAAAAAUCUUUACAGUGUUAAUUGUCACAUGAAUACAGAGUCAUCAGAUUUUUUGGGUAACUUAAGACCUGUCAGAGAGCACACGGAAGAUAAUCAAAGAUUAUUUGAAUGGGUUGAUGGUCCAUUAAUAUCUGCCAUGCGAAAUGGUGAUUUAUUUUUAGCUGAUGAAAUUUCUCUCGCUGAUGAUAGUGUACUUGAAAGAAUGAACUCACUGUUAGAACCAGAACGUACACUUUUAUUGGCAGAAAAGAAUAACGAUUCAAUCGAUAAAAAUCAAGCUGAUUGUGGAAUCACAGCACAUGAAGAUUUUUGUUUUAUUGGUACAAUGAAUCCCGGCGGUGAUUACGGUAAAAAAGAACUUUCGCCUGCAUUACGUAAUCGAUUUACAGAAAUUUGGUGCGAAGGUUGUGUUUCUGAUAAUGAUCUCCGUAAUAUUAUUGAGUACAACUUACGACCUGAAGAAAUAAAAAAUGAAAAUCAAGAUAUAGCUACUUCUAUAUUAGCAUUUAUAAAUUAUUUCAAGUCUUCUGGUAUAGGUAAAAAAUUUGUAGUAAGUGUAAGAGACAUUUUAACUUGGGUAAACUUUAUUAAGUUUUGCCGCAAUGCAAGUAAUUCAAAAUUAACAAGUUCAGUAGCAUUUAUUGAAGGAGCUCGACUAACUUAUCUCGAUGGUUUGGGUUCCGGAGUUACUGGUACAGAGAGUAAAGAUAAAUUAGAAGCAUUUAAAAAGAGCAUUUUUAUAUAUUUAGAGCCAUUUAUUAACCAAUUGAAGAAUUACGAUCAUACUGUUUGUGAGGAAAAUAUAAAUGAACGAGAAGAUAUGUUUGGCAUCGAUCCGUUUUACAUUCCUACUGGGCCUAAUGGAAAAUAUUCUGUUACAAGUUUUACAUUUGAUGCUCCCACUACUAAAUCCAAUAAAUUGAAAAUUUUACGAGGACUACAAUUAAAAAAACCACUUUUGUUAGAAGGAAGUCCCGGAGUUGGUAAAACAAGUCUUGUUUCGGCUAUCGCGAAAGCAUCUGGACAUAAUUUACUGAGAAUAAAUUUAAGUGACCAAACCGAUAUAUCUGAUUUAUUUGGUGCUGAUUUACCAGUUGAAGGAGGAAAAGGUGGACAAUUUGCCUGGAGAGAUGGUCCUUUCUUACGAGCAUUAAGAGCAGGCGAUUGGAUACUACUCGAUGAGUUGAAUUUAGCGUCGCAAUCAGUCUUGGAGGGUUUAAAUGCUUGCCUUGAUCAUCGCGGUGAAGUUUAUAUUCCGGAGCUCGCUCGUUCAUUUGUGGUUAAACCAGGAACAAAAUUAUUCGCUUGCCAAAAUCCUCUUAGUCAAGGUGGAGCAAGGCGGGGGUUACCUAAAUCUUUCCUCAAUAGAUUUACUCAGGUGUUUGUUGAUGCAUUGUCGGAUGAUGAUUUGAAAAUUAUUGCCAACAGCCAAUUUAAAUAUGUCGAUAAAACGAUAAUUGAUAAAAUUAUCGAAUUUAAUUCAGUAAUAUCAACAGAAGCUGGAGUUUUUUGGGGAUAUCAUGGCUCUCCUUGGGAAAUGAAUUUACGAGAUAUUACACGAUGGUGUGAAUUAUAUUAUGAAAUGAAAAUGUCUAGUUAUAAAGACGCUCGAAUUACGGCUACUGAAUUAAUUUAUGUUGAUCGUAUGCGUACUGCAGAUGAUAAAGAAAAAGUGAGAGAAUUAUUUCGUAAUGUGCUUCAAUUGCAAUCUUACGUAAACAAACAACCCUACAUACAUGUUGAUGAAGAAAAUUUAUACUUUGACAAUAUAAUUUUACCCCGGAGUGAAAAUUCAUACUGUGUUGAUCAUAAUUUACUUGUGCUUCGAAAUCAAAUUCCGGUGCUCAAAAGUCUUGCUCUGUGUGUUAAAAUGAAUUGGAUGCCUAUUCUUAUUGGAGAAUCUGGAACAGGAAAAAGUAGUGUUGUUCGUGUACUUGCUCAGCUAGCAGGACAAAAAUUGCGGUCAAUCGCCGUCAACUCAGCAAUGGAUACAAUAGAAAUUCUCGGAGGCUUUGAACAAGUAAGUUGAAAUAUA